AUGGGCUUCAUGGAGAUGGUGCGGCAACGCUACGAUAUGCGUAAAGUGGAACGGUACACGAAACGAAGACAGUCGCAAAGCCAGUUUCAAUGUCAUGACCGUAGUUACUAUGAAGCGAUAUAUCGGGAUGGCGUGUAUCUUGAUCCAUCGGAUUUGGACACGGCACCUUCGUCUGGACAGAACACGACACGCUUAUCCUACAAGCCUCAGCGUUGGUCACUUUCCGAUGUUUUGAACAAGAAAAAACGCUCUACUAGCCUGGCGGCGGCUCAAAUCAAAACCUCAGAAACAUACACAUUGGGCGGCCGACCUUGA